AUGGAGGCGGCCUGGCACGGCAGAAUCACCCGCCGCACCUCCGCAUCUCCGCAACUCGCAAUUCCCACUCGCACCAAGUCCUCAUUCCAUCUCCCUCGCACCUUGUCCUCAAUUCUCUCACUCCCACCUCACUUUGCCCUCACUUUCGCCUCACUUCCGCCUCACACGCCAUCCCCAGAUACAUGA